UCGUUAAAAACCCAAACACCUGCUCUCAAUCUUCCCCCACCGUACCAAAUCAUCAUUCGGUAGAACAAGCCACGAAGGACAGACACACACACACAUUGCUAAACCUUGUCUUGUUUCUUCAUAAUUUAAUUGCCUUUCCAUAUCCACAAUGCCAACCGCACAACAGCAAUCGAACCGAGCCAGGGCGUUAUGGCUCACCUGCCUAGCCUCCUCCUUCCGCACCGCCUUAGCCUGCACCAUAGUAGGCAUCAUCACCUUGUACGGUCCAGCUUCCGUCCAAAGUCAAGUGGCAUUCCCUGCAUUUUCCUACGUGACAGUCAUCCUAGUGGUCACGGACGCCACGUUGGGUGACACGUUGCACGGCUGCUGGCUGGCUCUUUACGCCUCCGUCCAGAGCCUUGGACCAGCCAUGUUGAGCCUGUGGUUGAUACGACCAACCAAGCUAACGAGUGGAACCACGGCCCUUGCGGUGGCUUUAGGGGGGAUGAUAGUGGUGUUGCCGGAAGCAACUCACAUGGUAGCCAAGCGAAUAGCGUUGGGCCAAAUUGUUAUAGUCUAUGUUAUUGGUUUCAUUAAUGGUGGCCAAACGGAACCAAUCAUGCAUCCGGUGCAUGUGGCGGCUAGCACUGCGGUCGGGGUGUUGGCCUGCGUUUUAGCCUUAAUGUUUCCUUACCCAAGAUUGGCUUGUUGCGAGGCCAAGAAAAGCUGCAAACAACUGGCGGAGAACAGCUCGGAGAGGCUGAAACUUUUCGUUAAGGCACUUUGCGCACAAGAUAAAGCAGCGGCAUCUGGUUUUAUUUCUCAAGCAAAGCUAUUAAACGCCGCCGCACAUAAACUUGUUCAAAGCAUUAAACGCUUCCAAGGGAGCAUGAAAUGGGAGAAACUCCCGUUCAAGUUUCUGAGACCCUAUUACAUGAACUCAGGGGAGAACCCGCAAGAAAUGGAGAUGGCUUUAAGAGGAAUGGAAAUUGCUUUGGAGAGUAUUCCUUCAUUUCCAGGGAGUUUAAUGGUGGAUGAUGGAGAACUCAAAGACGGCUUGCUCAGGCUAGAAGAUCACAUUAGCUGUACCAUAAGACAGUCCAAGUGUUUGGUCCCGGGUGAUUCCAGUACUGUUCCGGAAUCAAAUGCUGAAGAUGUUACCAAGUUCUUCCAAUCUCUCCAAACAAUGCCACAAUCCCACCAAGAUUUACCCACUUUUUUCUUCUUAUUCUGCAUGAAACUUCUCCAUAGUAAGUCGUUGCCGGAGCCAAGGACCAAAAAACCGGUUCUGGAAAAUGGGAAGUCGAAACAAAAUGGGUUCUCCUUCAAGGAGGUUUGGAGCAGCUGUGGUCUUAAUAGCCGAAGGGUGAAGCCGGCCUUGAAGUUCUCACUUUCUUUAGGAUGUGCAGUUCUAUUUGGGCUGAAAUACAGUAAGCCCAAUGGAUUCUGGUCGGGACUCCCGGUUGCAAUCAGCUUUGCUGCCGCAAGAGAGGCGACAUUUAAGGUUGCAAAUAUUAAAGCACAAGGGACAGUUCUGGGGACAGUGUAUGGAGUUAUAGGGUGCUUUCUUUUCGAAAGGCUCUUGCCAAUCAGGUUUUUGUCUCUUCUUCCUUGGUUCAUCUUCACAAGUUUCCUAAGGCAAAGCAAGAUGUAUGGUCAGGCAGGUGGAAUAUCUGCUGUCAUUGGAGCCCUACUGAUAUUGGGAAGGAAAAACUUUGGUCCACCAAGUGAGUUCGCCAUUGCAAGAAUCAUUGAAACAUUUAUUGGAUUGUCUUGUUCGAUUGGGGUAGAGCUUCUUUUCCAACCCAAAAGAGCUUCAACUUUGGCCAAAAUCGAGCUCUCUAAAAGUUUGGGGACAUUGCAUGAAUGCAUCGACAACCUCUCUCUCCAAGCCAAUCAUGUAGAGAGUCACAAAAAGUUGAAAUUCCAUGUGAAUCAGCUAGGGAAAUUCAUUGGAGAAGCUGAGGUGGAACCUGAUUUUUGGUUUUUGCCAUUUCAUAGUGCUUGCCAUGGUAAGCUUUUUGGGUCUUUGUCAAAGAUGUCGGAUCUCCUGCUUUUUGGCACUCAUGCAAUAAGGUUCCUCCAACAAGAGUCACAAAAACUCGAAACUUCUUGGAAGGAAACUGUAAAUAAACUAGACGGUGACCUUAAACUCUUCAAAGGGUCAGUUGGGUCUUUAAUAAAAUGCCUCGGAAAUAUCACAUCGAUCCCUAUGCUUGACAAGGGACUUCAAAAGGAUGGCAUCUCUUAUGAUAUCGAGAUGGGAAAACCCCCAUGCCCGAAUUUUUUCAGGGUUUCCGAUUCAGAAGAGGACGAAGAUGAGCUGAACAAGGCUUUGAGUUCAUUUCUUCAACAUUCGAAAGAAGCAGUGGAUAUGAUCCAUGGCAUUGAAGGUGAGAAGGAGAUUAAGAGCCAAAUGGUGUUAAGUUUGAGUUGCAUGGGGUAUUGCAUCAAAGUUUUGAUUGCAGAAACCCGAAUGAUUGAAGAAGGAAUAAGGGAACUUGUUCAGUGGGAGAAUCCUUCGACCCCUGUCAACUUGCAUGAAAUCUCAUGCAAAAUACGUGCUCAAUACAGUUAAUUGUAAUUGUACCAUGAACAAGUAAAUAAUUUAUUCUUAGAAGAUAUGCUAAUUACUAAUACAUCUAUACCCUUAUAAAAAAAGAUUAUAUCCAA